AUGUCUGCAGACCGUACCGCGUCCAAGAGACGCUGUGUCAGCACUGCUUGUAUUGCUUGCCGUCGCAGGAAAUCAAAGGUACGAAUUCGGUGCAAACAUGGGAGGAAAGAAGCAUCGCUGAUCGGUGGGUUUAGUGCGAUGGAAACUUGCCUAGCUGUGCUGCAUGUUCCUCGGUCUACCAUACACCCUGUUCGUACACCUUUCCUCAAUUAUCUACCGUGGCAAACUAACUCAAAAUCAGGUGUUUAUGAUCCGAAUUCUGAUCACCGCCGCAAAGGCGUGUAUAAGAAAGAUGCCGAUACGCUACGAUCGAGACACACAACACUGCAAACAUUAUUCCAGGCACUGUUGAACUACGAAGAAGACGAUGCAUUUGACCUCGUACGCGAGAUCAGGUCAUGCGAUGAUCUCGAGGAAGUCGCUCAAUCUGUCGUUACGCGGCAAACAACCGGGCUUCUCUCGGUGCCGGAAGCAAGAGACUCCGUCAGCGAUGAGAAUCCAUCCGAGGUUGACCAGUUUGAGUCCGAAUUAUCGGGCAAAAUGAGCGAACUCCUCCUUGAUGGCUCACGUAAAUUCAUUGGAGGCACAUCUAAUCUCAUCUUUCUGCCUUCCGACUCGGAAUUGCAAGAAUCCGCUUUAAUCACGGAGAAUGUCCUCGGUACAGCUAAUGACGCGAAUGUCAUCGGACGAUGGACACAAGUGACUGAAGAUGAUUCACUCAUUACUCAUCUCCUAAAUAUGUACUUCACUUGGCAUUAUCCUUUCUUUACCCUCCUUGCAAAAGAUAUCUUUUGUAGGGACUUAAACCGGGGCAUGCCUAGCCAGUAUUGUUCCGCGUUGCUUGUGAACGCCAUGCUGGCUCUCGGUUGUCAUUUCAGCUCUUGGCCAGGUGCAUUUACAGACCCUAGCGAUAUCACGACCGCUGGCAAUCACUUCUUCAAAGAAGCAAAGCGGCUGAUUCAUGAGAAUGACGAACACGAAAAUGCAAAACUAUGUACAGUCCAGGCCUUUGCGCUCAUGUCUGUUCGUGAGGCUGGGUGUGGCCGUGAAGGCAAAGGCUGGGUAUACAGUGGCCUGAGCUUUCGCAUGGCAUUUGAUCUUGGUUUGAACGUCGAUGCGUCUAACAUGGGAGCGCGAAAUCUCACCGAUGAAGAAGUUGAUGCUCGCCGGAUCACCUUCUGGGGCUGCUAUCUCGUUGACAAGUGCUGGUCAAAUUACCUUGGCCGACAACCUCAGUUGUCUUCAUCCAACACCAAUGUACCAAAGUUCGAUGUCCUGCCACGAGAAGAAACCGAGACGUGGCUACCAUACACAGAUUCUGGCGUUAACGAGGAGCAUGCGCAACCCUCCCGAAUCAGAGCAAUUGCUCUAGAGAUAUCUAAGUUGUGUGAGAUCAGUAAUGAUUUGCUAAGAUACUUCUAUCACCCUUCAGAUUUGGAAAAAUCACAGUCAAAACAAUCGGAAUUGAAAAAGCUGAGUGACGUACACACGCGACUUGAGACCUGGAAAAAGGAACUUCCGCGAGAAUUUGAACCAAAGGAAGGGCAGCUUCCCCAAGUCCUCGUCAUGCACAUGUUCGAACAAUUGCUUCUCAUUCACCUAUACCGGCCAUUUCUAAAGUAUACCAAGGCCACUACGCCCCUCCCCUCACACGUAUCGCCUCGGAAAUUUUGCACCCAGGCUGCGUCAAUCAUUUCAAAACUACUGCGCAUGUACAAACGCACUUAUGGAUUGAAACAAAUCUGUAAUAUCGUUGUAUACAUUGCCCACACAGCCUGCACAAUCCAUCUUCUCAACCUCCCUGGGAGGAAUCCCGAACGAGAUAUCGUCCAUGGGCUCCGGAAUCUCGAGGAAAUGGCUGAUGGUUGGUUGGCCGCACGUCGGACCUUGCGGAUUUUAGACAUCUCUGCCAACAAGUGGCACGUCCAACUACCAGCCGAAGCAAUCGCUAUAUUCGAACGCACUCACGCCAAGUGGGGCUCCUGGGGCUCCUGGGACCAAACAACUUCGCCGUCGACAUCAGCAGACUCCCCUAUCAUCAAUAAUGCCUUACAUACACCAUAUACCUACCCAGGCGGACCUCAAUCCCCAGUAAACCCUGCAUUAUCUCCUCUGCGCAAAGAAUCCUAUGGUCCAGCUCCGGUCAACAUGAUGGGAGUCUCAAUGGGUCCCCAUUAUCCUAAUUCCGCAAUUCCCUCUUCCGCCCCUCCAGCGGAUCAAACCCGUCAUAUGUCGGGACUACCAACCCAGCAGGCCGAAUAUGCAAACCCAGAACCAACAUAUACACACUCCAUUCCUCAAGUCAAUUACCAUGUGUCACCUCUACCCUCAGAUCCCUCAGCAGCGCCCUCGCCUGUUGCUCCAAGCGUUUGGUAUAAUCAUACUGCGAGCCAAAUUGGUCGUACACAAGGCGCAUUGUCUCCACACUCGACAUCAUCCGUUGACCACCUCGUUGAAGAAAGCCAUGACUGGUGGAACCGGAAUGCUGCUGCGGCAUUGGGUCUAGGCACGCCAGGCGUGGAGAACUGGGGUGCUGGGUGGAAUUCCACCAUGCCAGAACAACCUCCUCCAAUUUCAUAUGGCAAUAACAGUCACCUUAUGCCCAUGUCAGCUCACCCACACUUGAAUUCCGCCGUUGCAGAUCACGAAGUUGCGGGCUCGUUGUCCAAUAUGCCCUCUUCGGGUGAUAACAGAGCAUCGGGGUACGAUAACCAUUGGACAUGA